AUGGAUCCCGCCGUGGGAUCAGCCGCUGACAAAAAGCGGAAUAAACUGGGCUACCAUAGAACAUCGGUCGCAUGUGGUAAGCCGAAAAGGAAAAUCCGAUGCUUACUUGCCUCCGACGAUACGCGAUGCGAAAACUGUAUUCGGUUGAAGAAAGAGUGCCAUUUUUUCCCGGUGGAUCAGCAACCGCCCAUGGAAACAAAGCGGUCUCGCUCAGGGUCAAAAACUGGGGCCACAUCAACAGAAGCGUCAAUAACUUCGUCACCGCCAGCGCUGGGGGGUGGAGGAAUAGUGGACCAGAGCGAUUCGUACUUCCAGUACGCACCAAUGCCGAUGAACUCGGGACAGGAUAUUUCCCCGUUCGAGCCCGCACCUUUCGCGACGAACCCCAUGCCGAAUUUCAGUCCAGGUCCUCUAAGCUCACACGAGUUAACCACUGUUCAACCUUUGGGCCAACCUGAAGCGUGGGACAAUGCGUCGUAUUUUGAUCAAAACUUCCCCAGCGUAAUAGCGAAGUCACAAAUGACCACCCCAACGACCACUCUUUGGAAUCAUGCCCCAACAUCAGUAGCACCUCUUUCCACAGACCCAUCCAUUCCCGGAACUCCCAUCACUCCCGGUAUUCUUCCAUCCACUGGUGACCCAACAGCAUUCGGCAUGCCCGAUAACUCUGUUUGGGGCACGCAGCCGACGAGAUCAGCAACUCUCGCCGCAGGAAAUCUCGCACAAUACCAACACCCGUAUCAGCAACCAAUGCCACCGGAAUUUAAACGGCGAAUGACUGCUCCGGUGGAUACGUAUGGCCACCCAGCGAAUAGUUCAAUGUCAGAAUUGCAAUCGUCGACGGUUCCUGUUUCUUAUACCCAAACGCAAUCGUCAGCAGCCUAUGCCUCGUGGGACGCAUACCAAAGACAACCAACUGUGCCUGGUAACCUCAAUCAACCUGUUAUUGGAUCAUCUCCCGAUGGGUUGGGGGGAUGGUAUCCAGCGGACCCACAGCAAUACCCAGUAAUGAAACAGGAGGAUUAUCACAAUCCAUGA